CCCAUGGGACACAGUCAUCAAGGCUGCUAUGAGGAAGUACCCGAACCCGAUGAACCCCUGUGUCGUGGGAGUCGAUGUGCUGGAGCGCAGUGUGGACGGCCGUGGCCGGCUUCACAGCCAGCGCCUCCUCAGUACCGAGUGGGGUCUGCCCCGCCUCGUGAGAGCGAUUUUGGGAACCAGUAGGACUUUGACAUACAUCAAAGAACAUUCUGUUGUGGAUCCAGUGGAAAAGAAAAUGGAACUUUGUUCCACCAAUAUCACACUUACAAAUUUGGUGUCGGUGAAUGAGAGGUUGGUGUACACAACACAUCCAGAGAACCCUGAAAUGACUGUGCUCACACAAGAAGCCAUCAUCACCGUGAAGGGGAUCAGCCUUGGCAGCUAUCUAGAAAGUUUAAUGGCUAACACGAUAUCAUCCAAUGCAAAGAAGAUGCCUCACCCAAAAAAUCAAAGAAGAAGGAAAGAGAGAAAGGAAGGAAGAAAGAAGCGAGUCCUGAAUACGUUCACUGGCCCAGUCUGGGAGAGAUGUGGAAUCUGCUGGGAUCUGCCACCAGCCUGCUCACAGCCUCCACCAGCCUCCUCUGUGGUGACCUCACAGGAUCAAAGGCCAGGCCAAGGUGCAGGCAGAGUUCUAGUCCACUACAGAGUGAGACCCAGAGGAAGAAGACCUCUAACAGGAGUAUGAGGGCCAUGACCUGCCACUCCGCUGUCACAACUGCUGAGCCAGGGUCUGGGAUGCUGGCUAUGCCCACAGCACCGCCACCUGCAUGCCAGCAUUUAGUCAGUUGUUCUUGUGCCUUUGUCUAUUUUCUCCUUAGCAACAGCUUUCAGCUCUUUCUGGCCAACUCUUGGGAUCUUACUAAAUAUCUUUUUUCAGAUUAUUCCCCAUUUCCCUCCCAUGUCCCUUAAUUGACAGUCUUCACCGCCACUGUCUUCACCCAUCUGGCUACCAUCUGUCACUUCAGAUGUCGUUGCCAUGCACCCUCUUCUCCCCCUCAUCGCUGCGCAGAUCUGCACAUGCUAGAGUAAGGGCACCCACCCCCGGCGGUGACGCGUGUGGUUGACAGUACCGUGAGAUCUCCGUCCUUGGCCUGCAACUAGUUUGUCCUGUCCUCCUGGGACCAGUGACCCCAAGUCCUGAAGGCCCAUGUCAUUUCUCGCUAUUCAGACCUGUUCACAGGGAGAGCCACUGUUAUGAGGUCACAGCAGUAGUGCUUAUGAUUUUAAGGACUCCGCUGUCCUGUUAGCUUCAAGGCACUUGUAAUUGAGAGUUUUAAUUUUCCCAUUUUCAAAAGUAAAAUGUAAAAUCUCUUUCAGUAUGUUUCAAGUUAUAAAUACUGUAGAGAAGGUCUUUUCUGUAAAGGAUGGGUAGAACUAUGUUUCACUGUUUUUUUAGACAAUGCUUUUUAUUUGAUAAUAGUACUUCCAAUCCAAAAUGAAAUUACAUUCAUUUUUAUUUUUAUCAACCUAUUUUAUGCACAUAGCUUAAGGUAAAAUAGAGUUAAAAGAUUUAUGGAAAAAACUAUUUCUCUUACACCUUCUACAAAGCAAGGUUUGACCCUUUGAAAGGAUUCUCAACUCUUUUGGCAGUUUCUGCCAUUUACUUAUAGAUUCCUAAAUAAAUAAGUGAAUUCUGCUAGUUCUUGAGUCAACGAUUUUAGACACUAUCUGUUGACUUCCCGUUGUGGUAGAUUAUCAUUUUUUCUCUCUUACAUCUCCCUUUCUCAUCUUCCCCAAAAUAGCUAUAUCAUAAUUUAUGGUUAAAAGCACAGAGUUUCCAUACUUUUGAAAAUACAUUACUUUUAUUACCAAGCCAAACAGUAUGCCAUAAUUACAUUUUCUUUCUUAUAUAACUGUUUUCCCUUGAAGAUAAUACUUUUCAUCUAUUUAAUUUUAUUUUUUAAAAGUCCCUGGCUGAGUCCUUCCACACUCUUUACCCACUCUCUGUAGUACCCUGCAAUAUUUUCAAACUUCUUAGGUAGUACACACCUUUCCAGUUUCCCUGGCGACAUCCUUCCUGGAAGCCCAGUCUUACUCUCCCCUGACCAAGCAGCUGUGUGGUUGUCAUCAUUCCUGGGCAUUUUCUCAACCUGUCUCCUUUCCUGGAGCCCUUGUCUCCUGGAUUCCCUGCCUUCCUUUCUCUCCUUCCUACCACUAACUGGGGAAGGACAUCUCGUAGUAGCUUCUAAGACUUGGCACAUCUGAAAAUGCCUCUUCUGUUCUCAUACUUCAUUCAUAGCUUGGCUGGACAUAUAAUUCUAGAUAAAAAAUACCUUCCAUUAGAAUUUCAAAGGCAUUGCUCCAUUGUUUUCCACUUUGAUUCUUCAUCCUCCGUUUGUGGCUUCCCCCAACCCCCGCCCCAUCUCUAAAAGCUUUUAGGAUCUCUUUAUCCUGAUGUUGUGAAAUUUCAUAUGAGUAAGCCUUGUUUGAAAGGGUCUUUUAAAAUUCACUGUGUUGUAUGUGUUUAAUUCCUGGUUUUGAUAUUGUACUAUAAUUAUGUAAGAUGUUAUUGGGAGGAAGUGGGUGGAGGAUACAUAGGGUGCUCCUGUACCAUCUCUGCAGCUCCCUGUGACUCUAUAAUAAUUUCAAAAUUAAAGUUCAAAAAAUA